AUGGCUUCAAGAUGCGGAUCUCGGAGGUACUCGUUGGGGGUGACACAAGAAGAGGGCGUCGAGGAUCUCGUCGUGCAAGCCAAGGCAGCCGAAGAAAACAGACAGAAAUCAGAAGACCAAAAGAGAGAUCUCAUGCUCAGGAAGAUUGUCGAAGGCGGCGACGAUCUAGACAGGUGGGUCAAGGUUUUGGGCUUCGAGGGCGUCAGCUUCCCCCGGGCCGAGAUCGAAGCGGCUGCGGCGAAGAUGAGGAUAGAGUCUGGAUCGGUGGAAGGCGAGGGCCGUCCCGGGUAUGGUGCAGGAGAAGAGAGAGAGGGCAUCGGGGGCCCGGAUCCUACUGCAUGUCUAGACGGACCCGAGGGCACCUACGGUCCUUCGACGUUCGAAGGUCAGUCGAGCCUCCUUACCGACGAAGAGCCAGUCCAGCCUGAGACGGUACCGCGAGCCCCUGCCGAGGGCGGAGAGGCACCCAGGAACCCCUUUACAACGGAGUGGCGUGCUCGCGAUAACCCUGGCGACUGGAAGUGGCCGCAGGUCUUUGACCCCUAUUUCACCAGCAACCAAUUCAUCAGGAGGUCGAAGAAUUACAAGCGUCCUGCACGUAGCCUUCCAGUAGAUGGAGAGGAGGACGAGGAGGAGGAUGACGAGGAUGCCUCGGCUCAGGAAGGGGAAGAGGAGAAUUCCGAGGGCGAAGUGAUGACCCCGAGUGCAAACUCCGGCCUCGCCCCUCCCUCGACACAACCCCCUCGCAUCUUCACUCCCCCUCGAGAAAUCUAUGUCCCCGAAUCCGACUCCGAGUCGCCCAGCAGCGCAUCAGAGGCCUCUGACGUCGAUAUGAUCGACCCAGAACCCAAAGAUGCCGCCGCUGCUGCUACCGAUGGUGGCGGGACCUCUGACAACCUCCGCUCUCGACCCUAUGAUAGCCAGUGGCUUAUCAACUGGCUCAGACGAGACGCCUCCACCACGGACGAGGAUCUGCGCAUGAUCGACUACAAGGGCUGGCGCAUCCACGCGCCCAAAGUCCAGCUCAUCCGCAUCAAGAACUUCCUCGCGGACGAGGACAUUGACCGCACACUCGACUGGGAGCGCAAGUUUGCCGAAAUUGGCGAGUUCUUAGAGCACUGCAUCAGGAUGAGAAACGUCACGGAAAAGGACUGGUACGUCGACCUCCGCGAAGCAAUCGCCAUGCUUCGCACGCACGCAAUCUUUGAAGAGCACCACUACGGCAAAAAGAAGCUCGUUGUCGACUUCCCCAAAAUGAGCACCACCAGCACGCGACUCCCGCCGCUGCUCGACGGGCGCGACCUCGUCAUCGAGAAGAGGCCCAGGGAUCCGGUGCGGCCUCGCUAUCUCUUGCACCGCGUACCCGAGUCCGUUCAGGACGCCGACUACCAGAUCCCCGGACCACUUCUACGGAUGACGUUUAUGAAGUGGCUCCGUGAGGACGGGAACCUCGUCUGGGCCACGAAUCCGAAAAGCGAGAUGCCCGGCUCAGGAGAACGCGGACAGAUGUUCAACUACCAACCGGACUUCAACAUGGCGCUCACGGAAGACGAGUGGUUCGACAAGUGCAUGAGCGGAGGGCCCGAGACGACCUCGGACGAACUCCACGGCGAGGCCAACUUUUACCUCCUCAUGAAUGAGUACGUCGGCGGCGAGGUCGACGAGUUUAAGCGAGACGACGGUAAAACGUACAAGAUGCAGAGACAUUACCCCGAAGGCGAGGCACAGCAGCGCUUCGCCCGGUUUCGAGGAGCGAAGCGCGCGGCGCUGCAGCAGUGUCUCUCGCACUUCAAUAACGACGAGAAUGUGGCGCUCGCGAGCCCCUUUCGCAAGCUGGUGCUGUCGCCUACCAAGAGGGAAAAGGCGGCUGCGCUGGCUGAUGCGAAGCGGGAUAUCGUAUACAAGCCGCACUCUAUCAAGGCGCCGCCGCGGGGAGUCAAGCUUGAUCCACUUGGUAUCACGUACUGGCAUAACCGGCUGCAGGUCACCAAUCUCGAUCGCGCAGAUCGGUUGUGGAAUCAGACGGUGCGCAUCCACGAGCAGAUGCUCGAUGAUAUGGGUAUACCCAAGGACACGGUUCAGCUCCCCAAACAGCUGUACAGCCCCGUCACACCUUACAACUUCAUGAAGGAGAGCGAGAGGAGUGUGCUGUCCUGGUUCCACUGCCUACGCACCCUCCGCGAGAAGCUGACGCGGGCGUACAAGAAGGAUCCGCGGGAGAUGCUCGAGGGCGUGAUCAAGAAUAUCGAAUACGGGUUCCAGGGGCGGCCCUCGUGGGACAUGGAUGAGGUAAUCGCCGCUCUCCGGGAGAAGAACGGCGGACACUGCGGGCCCUUCCAAAGAUUCGAGCUCCAGUGGCUGGAGUUUGUCUGCGGGCCUUCCACGACGGUCAAGGCUCAGCGGGAGGUGCUCCCGAAGCUGGGGCGCGAUUUUGAUGUGUUUGUCGUGCGGAUGCAGGCGCUGCUGGACGAGCCGAGCCAGGCGUGUCUUUUUGCGGAGCAGGAUCGGAAGUUUACGCUGCAGCAGGUGGCUAUGGCACUCAAUUCUGGGAUUUGUAAGGGUGAUUAUAUCUUCACCGAGGAUUGGGUGAAUAAGUACAGUAAGGUACUUGCGGAGUGUGGAAGACUCGGCUACGAACGCUCAGAAACCGGUGAGGUCUCGAUAAGCCGACCCAAGAACGACUGGCACCCAGAACACCGCAUGAACUGGGACAUCACCAACGACUGGACCAGGGAAACGAAUUCAAACAAGAAUAACUACCACCGCAACAACAUCCCGGCUCCAUUCGACGCAUGGGCAUGGCCCUCAGCCUUCGCCAACGUGGACCAAAUCAACCUUACUCGCACACUGACGAAGGAGCUCCUCUGGGCCCUCGGCUACCGCCUCGGCGUCAGGCUCGCCGCGCUGGCCAAGAACAUUCCCAUACUCAACCAGCGUCUCAACCACGGUAACGACUGGGAGUACCGUAAGACGCAGCUGCAGGAUAUCCUAGGUAUGUGGAGCAGCAGCUUCAAGCGGGACAGGACGGGGGAUGAUGACAUGGCCACGCCGCGGGUGUCGUACCAGAGCGUCGUCAAGGCGGGCGACCCCGGGAAGUGGACGGAGGAGAUGACGGAGGAGGAGGCGCGCGAGGUGGUGCGCAAGGGGAUUAUCGACGAGCUCUCGCGGGGCGACGGAACGUUAUGGCCCAGUCGGCCACGGUGGUUCCACGAUCUGGAGGAAAACAAGCGCAUCGUGACGCUGCACCGCGAGCGGAUCUGGGAUUGGGCGCUGCCCGAGCUGUGCGGGAAGAAGAAGCGGCAGUUCUUUUCGAUGAAUCGGUGGCCGGUGCAUAUGCAGAGUAAAGACCGACAGGAGGAAAUCAGGAGGAGCGUGACGGACGAAGGGGUGCGGAAGCAGGCUGAGGCGGACGAGCUGCGGACGAAGGUGGCGAAGCUGGAGGCGAGCGUGAUGCCUACUGCGGAUGAGAUUCGCCAGGCGCAGAUGGAGCAGAUGCUUUCGGUGCCGUAUCACGUGGGCGACGACCGGAGGACGGAGUUUUUCCCUGGUGUGACGGAGUAUUGGGGCGGCGAUACCGAGUCGCAGAGGCGGGAUCUUGAGCAACGUCUAGAGACGAUGCUCAAUGAAGAGCUAUACCCCAACGACGGCAUUGCGCCUCGCGGAACGGGAUGGAUUAGUCGUGAGACAGUCCAGACGCCCGGUAGCGAACCCCAUGAGACGGUGGAGAUUGAUCCGGACAUGGUGCCGAGAAGCGUUCCGGGCCGGGUUCCCUCGGGAAGGAGAAUGUCGUCGGCGGCGGGUGGGGCGGGCGCGGGGGAUACUCGGCCGGCGGCGGCGACGAACCGGAGCCUGUUCCCGCCGCGGCAAACACGGCGGCAGAGUGGGCGACGAGUAAGAUUCAACGUCGCGGACCGGGAAGGUAACGAUUCUGAGCAGUAG